GCGGGUCCGGCGUUGAGCUCGAAGUCUUGGCUCUUGGAUUGAAAACGUAAGUCCCUUCAGAUCUUCUACUCUUGUGCAAAAUGGAUGCCCUAGAUUCCGUGGUCGAUCCUCUCAGGGAAUUCGCGAAGGACAGUGCCCGCCUCGUCAAAAGAUGCCAUAAACCGGACAGGAAGGAAUUCACGAAGGUGGCUGUGCGGACUGCGAUUGGGUUUGUGGUGAUGGGAUUUGUUGGCUUCUUCGUCAAGCUUAUCUUUAUUCCGAUCAACAACAUCAUCGUCGGAGCAACUUAGGAUAAUUGAUUUCAUCAUAAGGGAGGCGAAUAAAACCAACCUUUCUGUAGCUGUAAAAGAAGUCGAUUUUCACAAUGAACCAUUUUGAAGGAUCAAGUUGCAGCAGUCCAUUUGUUAGUGUUAAACUGUAUCUUGUUUUCUAUAUUCUGCAUCACAAAAUUAGUAGUGAAUUUGUCUGACUAAAAGUUUUUUUUUUUUAGAGAAUGUUUUGUAUACAGUUACUUAAAUGCUUAUGGUUAUUUUUAAAAUUUUUCAUGCAAUGAUUCUUUCAAUGUCCUAUGUAUUAUGAGGAAACUCUUAUGUUAUUCCCUUC